AUGUCGCCCACCGAGACCAGAAUCUCCACCGCCUUCUCGGAGGACACGUCGGGCGAGGCCAUCCUCAACUGCCUGCACAACCACGACCGCUACAUCCGAACGACGUGCCCGCAACUCAUCUCGUACAAGCAUGUGUCGGGGGUACCGGACCUUGCCUACCCCUGCGUCUACGAGGUCACGGACAAGCGGCCGAUCGGGCAGACGACGUACACGCUGACGCUGGUCAACCAGAAGGACGGCAUCGACGCCCACAUCGACGGCAAGGCGCCGACGGGCGCUAUCAACAUCCAGAGCAAGUGGCGCGUCACGGAGGACAUGCUGGAGGAGGUCAUCCUCAUCGACAGCAACAUGCUGAUGAACAAGAUGAUCAAGGGCGGCGUCGAGAAGAACCAUCCGGCGCAGCACCAGGGUUUCAUUGAGGCCGGGCGGGCUUAG